AUGGCGAGUGAGGAGAAGCCAGUGGUCUACACGAUGGAGAACAGGCCCAUAGUGACGUGUGGUGGAGACCAAUCCCUGUUCUCAUCUAUUUACCAAACCCUGGUGCAGCAACUCCCAAAAGAAGCAGUUGAAUGGAGGCGGUCAUAUGGGCGUCCCCCAAAGAUGAUCAACCUUGAAGCGAACUUUGUGGCGUUCAAGGAAGAUCUGCUGCCAAAGGAGGGAAGCAAGGCCCUGCUUACAUUCCCCUUCCUGCACAUAUUCUGGACGGAUUGCUGUGAGUCGGAAGUGUACAAGGCAUCGACGAAAGAAGAGAUCACGCGCUGGCAGUCAAUGCUGCGUGCGUACAACAGCCCCGACUGGCUGGUGGUGCUCGUGGAGAAUGAGAACCGAAAGAAGAAGCAGCCCAUUGCCCUGCCACGAACCUCAAUCAUCGACAAGAUCAGAAACGACUUCUGUAACAAGCAGAGCGACCGGUGCGUCGUGCUCACCGACCCCCUGCGCGACUCGAGUAAAACGCAGGAGUCGUGGGCCUCCUUCGUGGCGAAGCUGCGCAUGCUGCUGCUCAUGUCGUUCACGCGCAACCUGGGUCGCUUUGAGGACGACAUGCGGGCACUGCGGGAGAAGCGCACGCACCCCUCCUGGAGCUUCUGCCACUACUUCAUGGUGCAGGAGGAACUGGCCUUUGUGUUUGAGAUGCUACAGCAGUAUGAGGAUGCCCUGGUGCAGUACGACGAGCUGGACGCCCUCUUCACUCAGUAUGUCCUCAACUUUGGUGCCGGAGACACUGCCGAUUGGUUGUCAAGCUUCCGUCGGCCAGUCAGCAGCUGGGUGGGCCUGGCACUGUGGCGGCCGAUCGACAUGGGAAAACGAGAGGCGGUGCAGACGGGGCAGGCUUCGCUGCUCGAUCUGCGCAGCUACCUCUUCUCGCGCCAGUGCACACUUCUCUUCUUCCUGCAGCGUCCUUGGGAGGUGGCGCACCGGGCCCUUGAGUUGCUGCAUAACUCUGUGUUGGAGUUGCGCAUGCUGGAGAUCCAAAUGCCGGUGGGUGCGGUUGAUUGCUGGGUCUACAUCAGCUGCCUGGAGGUGCUGCAGAGGAUCGAGACGUUCUGCGACACCAACCAGAAUGACUCGUUCGCUGCUUAUGCGGCCGGUCUGCGGGCAUACGCACGGGAGAAGCUCCAAGGCCUGGGCUCCCUGUGUGGCCUUAUGUCUCCUAAUGGCCCAGACUCGGAGGAGCUGAACCGCACAGUGGACCUGCUGGCUGGCCUACGGGAUGACGACGAAGACAGUCCAAGCAACAUUAACAACCCUGGAAAGAAGCUAAGAGAAGCCCUGUCUUCAAUGGAAGCCUAUGAGAAGCAUUACAUGGAGCUGUCGGAGAUUGCAAUGGGGACAUACAAACACAUUGGGAGGAUUCGUUCAGCCCGACUGAUAGGCACGGACCUGGCGGAGUAUCACAUGAGAAAGGGAGAGCCGCAAAAAGCUGAGGCAUUUUUGUAUGAUGCGCUGAAGACAUACCGAGACGAAGGCUGGACGCUGCCCGUCACACACACACGCAAGCAGAUUGCCACUUGCCAGAAGCAACUGGGAAACACCACCAAAUACCUGGAGAUGUGCAGCCUCCUGGCCAGUGAUCUGAACCUGCCUGUGGAUGAGAGGGAGUCUUACUUCAAGGAGAUCCUGGGGUCCAGUGGUGCAGAGGACCAUGGUGAGUUCAGACGCGAGAUCCUCCUGCCUCUGGAGCCGGUGCUGCAGCUAUCGAGCGUGCGCUUUACCCCGGCGUCUGCCCUCGUCAACCUCAACGGCACGCUCGUGCUGCAGCUGGUGCUCGUCAGCCGGCUUCCGGCCAGUGCCAACUCCACCGCCAUUUCCAUAGCCCUCGCUCAUGAACCGCGGCCUGGCCCCGCCGCCGCCGCCGCCACCACCGGGGCUAACGGCGGCACGCCCCGUUACCCGGAUGGGCGAGUCGUGUUCCCGGGAAACGCGGCGACGGACUUGCCCGUGCGCCGGCAGCUCCCGGCAUUGAUCGACGUGUGCGAGCUCAGGGAGAAAGGCCCACAGGCGGAUGCCCCACUGGCGUCGAGCGGUGUGGUAUGCCGCAACUCGCACAUGCUGCUGCGCCGUCAGGACUCCAACACGUCCUCAGGCCGCGGUGCUGAUGUUACGAGGGAAGAGGCAUCGCGCUCGCUCAGGGCCACCGGCGUGCAGCUGAGGCCUGGAAAAAACACCGUCACCCUCUCUGCCGUGGUCACAGAGCCUGGCUCGUUCACACUAAGGCAGCUUUGCGUGCAGCUGGGCUGCGUGCAUCUCCUGUCACGUCGCCUCUAUCCUCCACUGCAGUACGACGUCUAUUCACAGGAGCCGCAACUCAACCUGCUGCCCUCGCACGAGCCACUGCUAGCGGGUGUGCCUCAAGAGCUGACUGUGACCGUGAACACCGGCUGCUACUCUGUGCGUGGGGGUGACGCCUUGCAGCUCAGCCUCCCAGCCGGGCUGCUCAUCCUUAACUCUGGCAAGAACACGGCACGCAUCAGCACCGAUACUGGCGCGCAUCGUGAGCGUCAACCUCCCCGCCACGCCUGCUACCACACUCUGCGCUUCAGCCUGCGCGUCGCCUGCGCACUGCCGCUCGCCGCGGCUGGCGGAGCAGACGGGCAAAAUGGAGCACCGGUGGAUAAAGUGGAGUCACGAAAGGCGGGCGGUGGUGCUGUCGUCGAAGCAGACGUUCUUGAUCAGAAGAUCUCUAUUGACAGUCCCUGGUCCAUCUACUCCACAAUCGUUCCGCUGGCAUUCAAAGUUCCCUUCCGUACGCGGCACUCUCUGCUCACGGCUGGGGAGAGAAAGUUUGUGCAGGUGUGCCUGAGCAACACGACUGAGGUCGCGUUCGUGUUGCGCGACCAUCAUCUGGGCGAUGUGACGACUCCUGAUGGUGAUGGCGGCUGCCAGAGUGCCCAGCUGAAACCGCUCAACCCACUGAGCCACAAUGUUGUCCUGGGCGGGCAGAACAUGUGGUUCAUCUGGGAGCUUUUGCCGACAUCUCCAGCCGCACCACUGCGAUGCCACUUCUCUGUGGGUUUCUGGCCGGAGGAGGGAGCCCCGGGCAACCCGUCUGCUGGCCAUCCGAGCCCUGACAGUCCCCUUGAAGACGUGGACAACAGCGCCCCCGGGGGCCCUCCUGGUCCCACCACCACCGCCGCAUCCGCUGAACCCAGCAGGCACCGCUACGAGUUCACGCUCAGCGACUUUAAGGUAUCUCACACCGUCCCCUAUGCACCACAGACUCUGUACAUGGUUCUAUCUGAAGUGCGGCCACCUACUGGCUUUGACGCAUGCCGUAUGGGUGAACUGUGCUCACUGGAUGUGAGCAUUACGCGCCAGCUGUUCUACCAAGUGGCUGACAACUGCAGCAAUUGGGCCGUGUGCGGCAAGAGCUCGGGGCUGGUGCAGCCCGCGCCCGGGCCAGGCACCACCCACUCCCUGCAGCUGCAGCUCAUGCCGCUGUUUGCAGGGAAGCUGCCCCUGCCCGACGUGAGGCUGGCGCGGUUGCUGCCAUCGCAGGAUGCACCCGGCCCUCCCUCUCUGCACCCAGACAAUGGUGAGGCCAGCCCUGAUGCUAACACGACCGUUGGAACCCCUUUUCUCCUUCCGCUCGUGCCCCGGUUGCAACAGUUUGCAGCAGGGCAGGUUUACCACGCCAGCCGUGCUGCGCAAGUGCUGGUGCUGCCGGCACAUGACCACAGCCUCCUGGACGUCACGGCACCAUGA